GCAUUUUCGACACUUCGCUUUUUACAGCAGGGUUUGUCCGUGUGCAGACGCCGUAGUUGUAGUUUAAACAUGGCGUCGGACAGCGACAGCGACGAGGACUUUGUGACUUACGGGACUCCUCUGGAGCCUCUGGAGGAAGACGAGCCGCUGAAGAAGCCCAUCCCGCUGCACGAACAGACGGUGAAGGAUGAGAAAGGCCGAUACAAAAGGUUCCAUGGAGCGUUCACUGGAGGCUUCUCUGCCGGUUACUUCAACACGGUCGGCUCUAAAGAAGGCUGGGCGCCAUCAUCCUUUGUGUCGUCACGGCAACAGAAGGCGGGGAAACAAAAUGCGAGACCAGAAGACUUCAUGGACGAGGAGGAUUUCAGCGAACACGGAAUCGCCCCCAGAGAAAUCACCACCAGCAGCGAGUUCUCGUCCAGCCGCAGAGACGAAGCUGCAGAGAAGGCGAAAGCCGUCAGCGCUCAGGCCGCUCUGAUACCUGGAGACACGCUGCUGGAGGAGCUCAUCGCACCUGCCAGGUUGUCCAUCGGGGUGGAGCUUCUGAGGAAGAUGGGCUGGAAGGAGGGUCAAGGCGUCGGGCCCAGAGUGAAGAGGAAAGCUCGGCGACAGCAGACGGAUGGUGGAAGCAGAGUGUACGGCUGUGCGCUGCCCCCUGCUGGUUCGGAGGAUUCAGAGGACGAUGACGAGGACUUUGCUCCAGAAAAUGUGACUUUUGCCCCAAAGGACGUGACUCCGGUGGACUUCAGUCCCAGGACGGGGGUCCAGGGUCUGGGGUACCGUGGUCUGGACCCGGGUCUGGCCUUGUUGGGCCGUGGAGCUCCAGAACACAUCGACCUGUUCAAACCCCAGUCUGAGGCCAGGAGUCGGCUGUUUGGAGACGAACGCAGCGGCACCAGGAGAGGAGGCGUGGCCGGACAGGCCUUCGGCGUCGGAGCUCUGGAGGAUGACGAUGAUGAAGACGUCUACCACCGAGACUCCAUGUCCCGGUACGACUCGGAGCGGGGGGAGGAGCCUGGAGACGGACUGUACGGAUGGACGGCCCCGCAGCAGUACAGCAGGAAUAAAGACAGAAGCAAAGACGCAUCGUACCUCGGCAAGAUCCUGGAAGGAUUCACUCUGGCCCAGAAACCAGAAGAGGAGAAAACCAUCUUCCCUCCGCCGUCGCUGCCCAGAGACUACCGUCCGGUCCACGGUUUCCGUCCGGCGGUCGAAGUCUCUCGUCUGUCCGGCGUCAGUCCUGCUCUGGCCGAAGCACUGAGGACCUCCAGAGGCCACAUGGUGAAAGAAGAACCUCAGCAGGGAGGACGACACCAGCUGGACUCUGGACAGAGGAGGACACUGCUGGGAGAGGACGCGCUGCAAGGUCCUAGUUCGGUCAUGGAGCUGCUGAGACCUGAAGACCGGCAGCGUCUACUGAACCUCCGCAACGCCUCCAACCAGUCCUCCAACCAGUCCUCCAACCAGUCCUCCAACCAGUCCUCCAACCAGUCCUCCAACCAGUCCUCCAACCAGUCCUCCAUCCAGUCCUCCACCCCUGAGUCUCGGGUGUCGGUGGUGUCCUCCGGCCUCCAGCAGCAGCAGGAAGCUCUGGCAGCCUGGAGAGGAGUCCAAACAUCUACACAGACCUUCAGACCGUUUGAGAAGAACCCCAGCAAGCAGGAGCGAUACGAACUUUACCUGAACCGCCUCAAGCAGGGAGACAAAGACGCUCUGGACCGGAGUCUGGACCCGGCCAUGACGGAGUGGGAGCGCAGCAGGGAGAGGGACGAGUUUGUCCGGGCCUCCAUCCUGUACCGACCCAGCUCCUCCUCACUGUCGACCCGCUUCACCAGAGCCCAGCACCAGGAGGACGAGGACACGGUGGAGGUCAGCCGGGACCAGGAGGGCGACGUUGAUGACAAACAGGCCGCUGUGACGAUGAAGAUGUUUGGAAAACUGACCAGAGAGACGUUCGAGUGGCAUCCAGACAAACUGCUCUGCAAGAGGUUCAAUGUGCCCAACCCGUUUCCAGGGUCUGGGACGGUCGGUUUGCCCAAAGUGAAGAGAGACAAGUUCUCUGUGUUUAACUUCCUGACUGUGGCUGAGAGCAGAGAGCCGACAGCUCCUCUGAAGCCUCCAGAGUCCAUGAAGAAGUCCAGGUGGGACGUUUCAGAGCAGCAGAAGAAGGAGGAGGACCCUCUGAGUGAGAUGCUGAGCACUGCACGAAGCCAGACUGAGACCAGAGCAGAGAAACCAGCAUCUGUAGCAGCUUCACGGUCCAGCAGCGAGCAGACGGAGGUGAAAGCAGCAGAUCAGAAGAAGAAAGAAGGUGAUGAAGACCAGGAGGAGGAGGAGGAGGAGGAGGACAGGCCUCCCAUGGAUCUGUUUAAGGCCAUCUUUGCCAGCUCGUCUGAGGAGAAGUCCUCGUCUUCAUCGGAGGGAGGGAGUGACGAAGAGGAUGGAAAGAUGGACUCACAGCCUCUGAACCUGUUCAGCAUCUCCUCAGCCACCUCCUCUUCAGCUGCUUCCUCCUCCAUCACCUCCUCCUCCAUCACCUCCUCCUCCAUCACCUCCUCUGCUGCUUCCAGUCAGCUCCCAGUUUCCUCUGCAGCUUCGACUCAGCAGGACGACGAGGAGUUUGGUCCGAAGCUGCCGCCUCCUUCAGCUGCUCUCACCAGAGGAGGCGCCACCUCCGUCAGCGAGGAGCAGAAACCCAGCAGGAGGAGCAAAGACAAGAAACACAAGAACAAGAAGCAGCACAAACACAAGAAGGAUAAGAAGAAGAAGAAACACAAGAAGCACAAACACAAAGCGAAGCAGCAGAAGAAGAAGGAGACGGACAGCAGCUCAGAGGACAGCGAGGAGGAGGACGAUGGACAGGUGUCCACGGACGAGCUGCUGAAAAGACUGAAGAACAUUCGUUCCCAUCAGAGCUGGUGAAUCAGCAGCAGUUUGUCCUCUGUGAGGACCGUCCAUCAGCUGACCGGCAUCGUUUUAACAGCCUGCUCUAGUUUUAAACGAUGAAUAAAACGUUCAUUAUUAACCCUCA